AUGACCCUUCGCCGUUGCACCAAGUCUGUCGACGGCACCAUUCCGGUACAGGCUCUGCUGUACAAUGACGAGCAACUACUUGCAAGUCAGGACGGUCUGGGGAUCUACGAAGGCGCGCACAAGAGCCCUAACCACCAGCUGGGCACCGUCCACGUCACAACACACCGACUUUUCUUCAUAUCCGUCCCGAAACCCCGUGUGAACUCAUUCGCACUCGACCUCGAUCUCGUUAAUCAAACGGACUACUAUGCUGGACUAUUCAAAUCCUCCGCGAAAGUGACACUCUAUCUUUCCAUCCAGCUUGGAACUAUACAGUCAUCACCGGAGGUAGAAGAGCCAUUUGCGAGCUGGGAGUGUGAAGUGUGUGGAUACAGAAACCCGCCAGGCCGAAGUCCAGCGGCUGCGCGAAUCUGUGGUCUAUGUGGCGUUCCACGAGACUCGAUUCCCUCUUCGUCUUCUGCCCCAACUCUUUCCACCUCCUUACCCUCCGCCAUAUCCACCUCGGAACGGCCAUGUCCUGCUUGCACAUUCUUAAAUCAUCCAGCCCUACGUACCUGCGAAAUUUGCGGAACAGGAUUACCAACUCCCCCAUCGAUGUCAGCAACCCAGUCGGCACCUUCAUCCAGGCCAGCGUCUCCCGAUCUAGAUGACGACAACGACGAAACCGCUCGUUUAAUCAAGCUGAGCUUUCGAAAGGGCGGCGACAAGGCAUUUUAUGCUGUGUUGAGGCGUUCCCUCAAGAGUAAAGCAUGGGUCGUAGAAAAUGUCGCUCGCAUCGUUUCGUCUUCUGCUUCAGGCGAACCAUCCAAUACCUCAGGAAUCAAUGGAAUUCUCAGGACAGUAGAGUCCACAGUGGAGGGACGCUCAGCCAACAUGAACGAAGCCUUCCAGGACUUGGAAGCCCUGAUGAUCAAAGCCGCUGACAUGGUUCGCCUAGCAGCCGAUCUCAACGAGAAAUUAACGAUCAUAACCAACACCACGAAUCCGCUCGCAUCGACCUCAGCAGAGCCCGAAGAGGCCACCUUCAUUCGCAGCUCACUCGCACAACUAGGUCUUCAAAUAACAGAUGCACCGGUUACGCAGGACAUGGUACAGGACGAAAGAAGAUGGUUGGAAAGUCUGGCUCGUGAGCUUGCGAUAGUUUUACAAGGUGGCGGGGGCAAAGGAAAGGGAUUGAUGCGAAAUCGAAAUGUUAUCGCGCUGGAUGAGGCUUGGGGUGGCUGGAAUCGUGCUCGAGGUGUUGCGCUUUUACCACCCGCAACCCUUUUACAAGCUAUUCCUUUUCUUGCCGCCGCAACCGAGCCCCCCAUUGGGUCAAGGUCACUGCCCUCUGGAUUGUGCGUUCUCCACACGCCGUCGUAUGCACCAGCCGCAUUUGCAGCUCGAUUAGUUGGCUAUCUGGCACUCGUUGGACCUCGAACGACCGCAGAAAUUGCAGAGGAGGAAGAGCUCCCUGUCGCCUUAGCGGCAGAAUUAGUUGAGGCUGUUGAGUUGGAUGGUGAGAUAUGUCGUGACGAUGGAGCAUGUAUGCUGCAGGGUGGGAAUAUGGAUUGUAGAUGGUGGGGGAAUAUAUUUCAUGUAGUUGUUUGGGAUGGCCAAACAGAAAUACAAUAG